CCGGUUUGUCUCACGUACACGCGCGCGCCUGCUCUGUUUGCCGGUUGGGACAGGACCCCGUGUAGAGCGUCAGUAUAAUCAGUGUGGAGUAGAAUCUGUCUCUGUCUCCGUCCCUGUCUCUGUCCCGCGCUGAAAAAUGUCUUACUGCAGGCAGGAAGGUAAAGAUCGCGUCAUCUUUGUGACCAAGGAAGAUCACGAAGCACCGAGCAGUGCUGAGCUGGUGGAAGACGACCCCAAUGACCCUUAUGAAGAUCACGGUCUCAUUCUGCCCAGCGGAGACAUAAACUGGAACUGCCCGUGUCUGGGGGGGAUGGCGAGUGGCCCCUGCGGCCAGCAGUUUAAAGACGCCUUUUCCUGUUUCCACUACAGCAAGGAGGAGGUGAAGGGCUCGGAGUGCAUCGAGUAUUUCCGCGGCAUGCAGGAGUGCAUGCAGAAAUACCCCGAACUCUACCCUCAGGAUGACGACGACGAGAAGGAGAAGGAGAAGUUCUCCUCAGAUGCCGAUGUGCUCGCGGAGACCCGCGGCACUGACUCUGAUUCUGUUCCAGGCUCCGAAGAGACGCCGUCAAGCACAGAAAAGUCUGCAGACAGCUAAUCUCUUCCUCUCUCUCUCUCUCUCUCUCACUCUUUUUUUCCAUACACACACACACACACACACACACACACACACACACACACACACACAACCUUUUAACCUCUGAACUGACCUACUCUGGCUCAGGAGAAUAAAAAAAAAAAAAAAAGCUAUGAUGAUAGAAAUGCUAAAAAAAUGACUAAUAAUGCUGUAAACAUCACGCCUGGAUAAUUUCCUACAAAUCCAAGAGAAAGAAAGGUGUGAGUUCAGUGAAAAUAAGUGAACUCCUGCUGAUCAGACAUGAUGAACACUGUUCCUGUCUAAAGGCCUCCACCGUCGCCUUUUCUUGAAAAAACAAACCUAAAAGAAAAAUCGUGACUGAAUUGUUUGUCUGCAAGAGAGCUGCCUCGGUGUUGGGGUGUGUGUGUUGUGUGUGUGUGUGUGUGUGUGUGUGUGAUACUCCUGUACUCUCAGUGAUGAGUUCGUCUUGUACGAUGAAAAUGAGUAGCAAGACAAUGUGGCUUUUCCAACAUGGCCGCCCCAAAAUGUUACACCGUGUUACCUGGUUUUAUCGAUUACUUUUGUGUUGACGCAAACGUGUCAGCUUUGUCUCCCUCCUAGAUCAAAGUGCGUAAAUGAAGAACAGAAUGAAGAAUGAAGAAUGGCUGAGAGACUUGUUUUAAGACCUCAACAUAGACACAGGCUCAAUGGAAAGUGAUUUUGUGUGUGUGUGUGUGUGUGUGUGUGUGUGUGUGUGUGUGUGUGGGUGGGUGGGUUUCAGGUUCGAAUUCCUGUAUCCUGUAAUGGUCUCACUGAACCAGAUAAAAAGGUGCGAUGGAACAUUCUGGUGGUGUAGGAAGUAUAUUAUUAUGUUUCGAAUGAAUGAGGACGCUUCAUAACUGAAGUCUGAUGCACUGAUUGUUCUCUGUUUUCUUUUCAAUGUGGAAAAAAAAAUCCUAAGAUUUAUUGCUGAUUCCUUUAAGAGCCUGAUAAACCCUGAGACGUUUCACCAGGAUCCGAUCAAUAUUACACCAAAGAAUUAAACACGUGUUCCAGGAUGCGGAUUAUUAAAGAACCGAUGUGUUUCUCUGAAAGGCCGAGGCUCGUAUUCACACAAUACCAUGUUUGUUUAUAUAGAUUUUUCAUGUAAGAUCAGAUGAUAUGUAUAUAUCUUUGAUCAUUUUAUUGAGUUCUCUUAGUUAAUUCUUUAAAAUAAAUAAAUGCGAUUAGGAUGAACUUUAGGGCUGCAGCUCUUGAUUAUUUUAGAAGUCGAGUAUUCUAUUGAUUAAUCGAGUAAUCAGAUAAGAUGUACUUUUUCUUUAUUAAAGCGUAAUACUAAAUAUACAACAGGACUCAUCCUAACCACUAGACCACCAGGGAAUACCAAUAGAUAAAUAACCAAAAAAAAAAUCAUAAAUAUGAAAAUACAUUUCAAAUGACUUCAAAAAGGGUAAAAGCACUGUACAGUGUUUUUUUAUGUUUUAGUUUGAAAUUAUCCCAAAGUUUGGGAACUUUCUGUCGUGUCCUUUGGCCUGAAUCUUCUCCUCGCCCCUCGUUGUUUUCUCUUCCGUUUCUCCAGUUUUCAUUCUGCAGCGUCUUCUGUGGUGUUUGGAAGCUCGUUUCCUCCACAUAAAAAAAAGAAAAAUUUUGCUUAAAUCUGACUUUAUUUAUUCUUAAUUCUGACUGUUUCUCACAAUUCAGACGUUAUUUCUCGUAAACAUCCAACAUUUCUGGUGCAUCCACCAGUAACCAUGUUGUGGGCCUGAAAUUGGAAGCUGUAGGUGUAUGAACGAGGCUCCUCUGCUUCAUCUGUCUUGUUCCAUCUCCUCCAGAGCUGGUUGUUAGGGAUCAGAGGCUCAGUUUGAUAAGAUGCGAUUCUAUUUAUAGUAGCGGAUUUAAUUUUGAGGCAAGCUUUUGUUUUUAUGUGGCGGAAACGGGCUUCCAUAAUGUUUACCUGUCCAGAGCUCUCCAGAGUUUAGUGUGUGGUGCGUCAGUAAGAAUGGUCCGUGGGGAAACCCAGUGCUUCGUGUGUAGUUAAAUGGAUGAAACGGUGCAUCGAGGCCAAUAAUUUUCCUCGAUGCAUUUUGUAAUCGAAUUACUCGAAUCAUUUAAGGAAUAGUUUCAGCCCUCAUGAACAUUUACAAGCUCCUUGCUUGUAGCUCAGUGGUUAAGGUGCUGGGUUACUGAUUGGAAGGUCGGGGGUUCAAGCACUGGUAUCGCCAAACUGCCACUUUUGGGCCCUUGAGCAAGGCCCUUAACCCUCUGUGCUCGAGGGGGUGCUGUGUCAUGGCUGAUCCUGCGCUCUGACCCCAACUUCCACGCAAGAAUGAUAUGCGAAGAAUGAAUUUCACUGUGCUCUAAUGUAUCUGUGACAAAUAAAGGCUAUUCUAUUCUAUUCAA